AUGCGAGGCCUCUACCAACACCUCAAGAGAUCAGUGGGGCUCAGUGGGAGACAAGCGGGAGGACAGCAGCCCGUUGCGGACGAGAAUGGCGUGCUACUCUGGAGCAAGAACGACAUCCUCCAGCGGUGGGCGAGGUUCUUCGGCACCCUCCUCAACACCAAGUCUCCCACGCUGAACCCAGACAUCAUCGAACAAGUGAUGCAGCGACCGGCGACAUGUGCCAUUCGACGGUUGGGUGCGGUGCCAGACCCCGAGGAGGUGGAACGGGCAACGAAAGGACUGCAGAACUGGAAGGCACCCGGCAAUGACUCCCUCCCUGCAGAGUUGCUCAAGAUCGACGACGACGACGAGGAAUCCAUCGUCAUGGAGGACCUCCGUGCCAUCUUCGUUAAGACGUGGAACGGAGGAGAGAUCCCCCAAGAAUGGAAGGACACAACCAUCAAGGUGUUGUACAAGAAGGGUGACCGGUUCAACUGCAACAACUUCAGGGGGAUCUCGCUCCUAUCUCACGUAGACAAGGCCCCCGUCAAGAUCAUCACCAACCGCCUAAGCGCCUUAUGCGAAACCAACAACAUCGUCCCGGAGGAACAGUGCACGUUCCGACCUGGGCGAUCCACCAUCGACAUGCUAGAGGAUGGUGUAUUUCUACAGAACCUCGUGUACCUGAAGGAAGAGACGGGAGCGGGGGCGGGGACACCACUUGACCAAGUGCGGAGGGCGGUAUUGGGGAUACUGCAUGCCGAUGACGCCGGCGUCGUACCAAGGUCUGCCGACGGACUGGCGAGAAUGAUGAUCGUCAUCGUGGAGGUGUCCAGGGAGUUCGGGCUGACGGUAUCGGAAAAGAAGGCGAAGACCCUCCUGAUGCGCCUUAAGCAGACAGUACCACCACUCCCACCGCCGCCACCGCUGAUCAUCGAGGCAGCAGGGCAGACGUACGCCCAGACGGCUGAAUCCGGUACCUAG